AUGAGCGGUAUCAAGCCACGUAGUAGUGGCUCUUCCACCAGCGGUCAAGCAAAGCUCGAUGAAGUUACUUCCUUGAUGGAAAGCCUGCGUACCGACGCGAAAGAAAACAACCUGGACCCUUCACAGCGCAGUGCAAGGCUCGAACAAGUUAAGAUACACGGACGCGAUCCUAAGAAUGCGGACCCGAUCUUCACGAAAGAGGGCAUUCAAACACUCGCGCAGCAUGGCUUCGACUCCUCCUCACUGGCGACAUCUCGAGAAGCGCUCCGCUGCUUGGCCAAUGCGUUGCUAUUGCAGCCGCAGACCCGGCAGAUAUUCGUAGACUUGGGAUACGCGAAGAAAGCAGCCGAGAGGCUCAAAACUGACAAUCGAGAUGACGAAUUCCUAGUAUCACGCAUACUCUUUUUGCUAACAUAUGAGACGGAUCUAAAUUUCGAGGGUCUGGUAGAGCAACACCAGCUCGCCGAUAGCAUCAAUGAGAACAUCGCAAGGCAUGCGAAGCGCUUCCCGAAGGGGCUCCAGGGUGCCUCGCAACCAGCGCCAAUGGACGACAUGGCACUAUCAGAAACGCUCAAGCUGAUGUUCAACAUCACCCACUUCAAUCCGGAUCUAGCAGGAUCAUUUUCACCAUCGCUACCCUUCUUGCUAAAGAUACUCUGCCAGUCGGAGAUACCUCGUCCCCCCCUACAACCCCCAAUAAACUACCUCAUCAACGCCCUUCUCAACCUCGACCUAGACGGCACAAAGAGCCAAAUCCUCAGCACAAACCCGCUCUUCCCCGAAACCGACCCAAAGUGCAACGCAGAACACAUCAUAAACAUCCUAUACAAAGCAAUAGCGCAAUACCCGCAAUCCGAGCUCGAUCAGGUGAUCACACCCCUCCUCACUCUAAUCCGCCGCAUCUACGAGAUCGCCCCCGAGGACGUGCAGCACUACACGCAAUCCCUCCUCCUCCCCAGCGACGCCGAGCGCAACAAGCCGCUCGGCAAAUCCGACACCCUCCCCUCGCGCCUGCUCAACCUGUCGACCUCAGCGCCAACGCCUGCGCUCCGCGGCAACAUCUCGUCUCUGCUGUUCGAGCUCUCCGGCAAAGACGCCGCGACAUUCGUGAAGAACGUCGGGUACGGCUUCGCAUCCGGCUUCCUCAUGAGCAACAACAUCGCCGUGCCGGAGAACGCGGUGGAGGCGGAGGUGGGAAGCGGCUCGGCGGACGUGCCUGUUAAUCCGGUCACGGGGCAGAGACUCGAUGCUGAGGCGCCGGAUGCGGGACCGCCGAUGACGGAGGAGGAGAAGGAGAGGGAGGCGGAGAGGCUGUUUGUGCUUUUUGAACGGCUCAAGAAGACCGGUGUUAUCGAUGUGAAGAACCCGGUUGAACAGGCCAGAGAUGAGGGUCGUUUCGAGGAGCUGGACGAUUGA